AUGGCCGACAUUGAUGCUUUAAUAUGGUCACAAAACAUAAUUAAAGUGGUAAAUGAUACAUCAGCAACUGAGCACAUUCGUUGGCCUAACUAUGAAGUUCAUGCUUCUGAGUGUGCGUUGUACUACUGCGCCAGAGAGUACAACAUUACAUUUUACAAUAGCACAAAGACAGAAAUUUCAAGCUCUGAAAUUACGGAUGCUAAACGACAUCCUGCAUCUUGGCUACCUACCAGUUCUUGGAUUGAGGACGGGGUCGCACCAGACGUUAUCGAUUCACUGGCAUAUCACCCAAAUGAUUCUUUUAUAUCACGGACUGACCUUCAACUGUAUGUUGAUGUUGAAAAUGGGUUGGCCAGAAGCUGGAACAUCUCAAAAGUUGCUGUGACGGGCAUUAGCUAUCUUGUCCAAACCCUAUUUUCCACGUGUAUUACCUCUUUCCAGAAUUGCUCAGACUCACCGGAUGAGUGGGUGGCCCCUACGGGGUAUUAUUAUCACGACGGAUCCAACGUUUCAAGUACUCAAGACGCAUAUGAACCUACAACAUCCAAGAUUUUUUGGGAAACGAAAGAUAUCAACACCACUUUUGCUAAUAUUGCAAGGAGCAUGAGCAAUGCGUUACAGGCUGGCGACGAUACCAAAGACAGUCAAAUAGGGACGGUCAUUCAAUCUGUUACCUCUUAUCGUAUUGAAUGGGGGUGGAUUGCUCUACACUGUACCACUGCCGUGGCUAUGUUAUCAUUCUUCAUCUUAACGCUCUUGUCUAGGGCUCCAUCUGGUGCACGAGUCCCUGUUUGGAAAACGAGCAACUUGGCCAUCUUCUCUAGGGGGCCUAUAGUUUCCGAUUUAUUGUGGGAUGGGCAAACGACUGAGCAAUUGGAGAGACGAGCAAAGCUUGCACAGGUGAGCUUGCUGCAAGUCGGUCCUACAGAUGUCAUGUCCGCCAUGGAUGUAGAGCCGCAAUCGCCAGAGCCAGUGGACGUGACCACAAUUCAGAAUUUCGGGAGUGCAAACAAGACCUGGCACAGACCUGCUCCGCCUUAUGAACGUUUGCAAUGA